UGUGUAUUUUAUUACAUAGGAUUUACUAUUAUUUGACCUCUAUUAAGUGUUAUCUAUGUGAAGUGUUAAAUGUAUAUAACUUGUAAGAAAGCAAGUUACUUUUUGAAUUCCUUUACAAUUAUUACAUUGGCUAUAUUUCCGUUGUUUCCGUUCGGAUCACUCAGAUGACCCCAUAAAUUCCGCCAAAAUUCCUGAGCCACUGACCUUAACCUCAAAAAACAAAAUAACUAGCCACCGAGUGUUUGUAUACAAUCAGAAUUUAUAUAAAAAUAUAAAACAACUUAAUUUUUAGUUUUUAAUUUUUAUCCAAGUAAUAAAAAAAUUUUCUUAAAUGUUUUAUCAUAUAUCUCUCGAGCACGAGAUUUUGCUUCACCCUCGUUACUUUGGUCCACAGCUCCUGGAUACAGUCAAACAAAAGCUUUACACAGAAGUCGAGGGCACAUGUACCGGAAAGUACGGUUUCGUAGUAGCCGUCACGACGAUUGACAGUAUUGGCGCCGGUAUCAUACAACCCGGCCAGGGUUUCGUUGUUUACCCUGUUAAAUACAGGGCGAUUGUGUUCAGGCCGUUUAAAGGUGAAGUUUUAGAUGCUGUGGUGACUCAAGUCAACAAGGUAGGAAUGUUUGCUGAGAUAGGACCUCUUUCAUGUUUCAUUUCUCACCACUCCAUACCAGCUGACAUGCAAUUUUGCCCCAAUGUAAGUCCACCAUGUUAUAAAUCCAAAGAAGAAGAUGUUGUUAUUCAAGCCGAUGAUGAAAUACGAUUAAAAAUAGUCGGUACUCGUGUUGAUGCAACAGGAAUUUUUGCAAUAGGAACGCUUAUGGACGAUUAUUUAGGUUUAAUUUGUCAGUAAAAACAACGCUAUGGGUACAACUAUAACAUAUUUAUUAUACUGAUAAAAGUAAUAAGCUAUAAAACAAUAUUUUAAAAUUAAUUUUUCUAUUGGUAUUAACUUGAU